AGCCGAACCCGAACAUAGCAAGUCAAGGCGCAGUUCGGAUACACAGAAGUAAACGAGCGGGUGAAGAAGAGCACUGUAGCCGACAGGCAGAAAUUCUCGGAAGAGUUAGCAACAACAGUGUCGAAAGCUGCAAGAGAAGGAAAUAUGAAACAGCUAUAUGACAACGAAGAAACUAGCGGGAAAUAUGGUAAACCAGUACGACCAGUCAAGUACAAAAUUGGCAGGACCACUACUAAGAUUCAAGAACAGAGGAGCAGAUGCGUGGAGCAGUUUGAGGAACUCUUGAAUAGGCCAUCUCCACUAAAUCCACCGGACAUCAAAGCAGCACCUACAGACAUUACGGCCAUCAGGACAGUGAAGAGUGGGAAAGCAACAGUACCUGAAAAUAUUCCAGUUGAAGUCAGACUUAGAAGUAACUGCAAACAUGCUUCACGUUCUAUUCAAGAAGGUUUGGAAGGAAGAACAAGUGCUGACAGAUUAGAAGGAAGGAAACCUCAUCAAAAAUCAAAGAAAGAAGGUUUGUGCAAGUCUGGGAACUACAGGGGCAUCAUACUACUGUACUGACAACAUAUGAAUCGAUAAGAGGUUCAAUUGUUACACUCAGUACGUUGUCUUACUGAGAUAUGGGGAUGUCAAAGGACAACACUUGGUCUGUGACCAUAGACGUUUAUUGUUUGCCAAAAGUACAACUAUAGACAUUUUU